GUUUCCAGACGGAGUUGUAUUGUUAGCACGCUCUUCACAUUGUUAUGAGUUGGGACCUUAGCUAAGUGUUAAAACAUGGAGAAGCUCCGUGUUUUGGAACUGUACAGUGGCAUUGGAGGGAUGCAUUAUGCAUUGCGAGAGAGCUCCGUCCCCUCUGAAGUGGUAGCCGCAGUGGACGUGAACACGACGGCCAAUGAAGUCUAUAAGCACAACUUCCCAAAUACUCUACUUCUACCCAAGACCAUUGAAGGAAUGACAUUAAGUGAUUUCAAUAAACUGGACUUUGAUAUGAUUUUGAUGAGCCCCCCUUGUCAGCCUUUUACUAGGAUUGGAUUGCAGGGUGAUGUAAACGACCCCAGAACAAAAAGCUUUCUCUACAUCUUGGACAUUCUGCCAAGGUUGAACAAGAUGCCCCGCUUCAUUCUGCUCGAGAAUGUGAAAGGCUUUGAGACGUCGUCUGCAAGAAAUGCCUUAAUAAAGACUUUGCAAGACUGUAGAUACAACUUUCAGGAAUUAAUGAUAUCACCCACUUGUCUAGGAAUACCGAACUCAAGGCUGCGUUAUUUUCUUGUUGCUAAAGCUCCUCCAGAUUCCUUCCCAUUUCAGAAGACAGCAGAGAUUCUAGAGGGCUUUCCGAAGUCAGAAUCCAGCAAUGACACAGACAGUCCCAUGAUCCCGGACAGCCACUGUAGUACAGUCAAUGGUGACAUGAGAGAAGAUGGGACUAUAAUCUAUAAGAUGGAGACGGCUCAGGAGCUGGAGAGGAAGAGGAGUCAGGACAACGAACAGACAGUGAGGAGACUGCAGGAUUUCCUGGAAGAGGAAGAACAAGGAACAGACAUGGACAGUUAUUUGCUUCCUCCAAAGAUCCUGCUCAGAUAUGCCUUGCUCAUGGACAUAGUGAAUCCAAACUGCAGGAGAUCAGUCUGCUUCACUAAAGGAUAUGGGCACUACGUGGAGGGAACUGGUUCUGUUCUGCAGUCGUGUACAGACGUGGAGCUGGAGAGCAUCUUUAAGUCACUGGACGUGCUGUCUGAAGAGGAGAAGCUGGAGCAGUUGUCCCGGCUGAAGCUCAGAUACUUCACACCCAGAGAGAUUGCCAACCUUAUGGGCUUCCCACCACAUUUCAGCUUUCCAUCAAAUAUCUCCAUUAAGCAGCAGUACCGGGUUCUGGGAAACAGUCUAAAUGUUCAUGUAGUGGCCAAGCUCAUCAGUCUCAUGGUGUCAUGACCAACAAAUCAGAUUUGCUGCAAUGCUUAAGGGCUGUUUCAAGUUUCACUGGGACUCCUUGAAACUUCAUAGCUGUUCAACUUUUGUAUUACAUGGAUCAAGUUUGUAAAUUAUUAAAUAAAGAUAUAUAUGUUGUA